CCGAAACAGGCGCGUAAGACGGGUACACUUCAGACCUUGAUCUCCAUCGGAAAGGUUUCGAAUUCGUUCUCUUUGGCAAGAUGAUAUUUUCAGCGCUCUGUCGCAAAGAAGAACCGUUCCCGAUCUACCAAUACCUGGCGAUGCUUACAGGCACGCUGAGUAUCGUGUCGAGUGGAAUGCACUACGGGUGGACGUCUCCCUCGCUUCCUCAGUUGCAGCAUCCCAAUUCCACGCUGCCGGUCACCGACGACGAGGGGUCGUGGAUGGCCGUCGCUCCGCUGGGUGGCGCGACCCUCGGGGCCAUCUUCAGCUGGUUCAUUCUCGACGUGAUCGGUCGCAAGAGGGGGGUACUGUUAACGGCCGCACCGUUCUUCGCCUCGUGGUUGAUGGUGGCCUACGCGAAGUCGGUUUGGGUGCUACUGGUAGCGAGAUUCAUCGCCGGAAUCGGGGACGGUCUCGCCUUUUGCUCCGUGCCGAUGUACUUGGGCGAAAUCGCCGACGCCAAGAUCAGGGGGUUGCUAGGGUCGAGCUGCUCGAUCAUGUGGAUCUUCGGAAUGCUGCUCAUUAACAUUAUCGGUGCGUACACCAGCAUUAAGGUCGCCGCACUCAUAUCUUCGGUUUUCCCCGUGGUCCUCGCGGCGACGUUCGUGUGGAUGCCCGAAAGUCCCUACUACCUAAUCAUGAAGGGCCGAGUGAAUGAAGCGAAGGAGAGCCUGAGGAUCUUCAAACGCUCCCGAAUUGUUGAGGACGAAUUGGGGAGGCUCUUCAACGCGGUGCAGCUCCAAAACACUAACACCGGAAAGUUCCUCGACCUCUUCACCGUCGGCAGUAACCGAAGGGCGCUUCUAAUAGUGAUGGGAACGCGCGCAAUUCAGCAGUGCAGCGGUGCCUUGGCGUUCACCUUCUACGCGAACACCAUCUUCAAGAAAGCCAGUGAUGAGAUUUCGUCAACUACAGCAACCAUAAUCUACUUCUCGGUUCAACUGAUAGUCGCCUCCACAGCUUCGCUGGUAAUGGACCGCACAGGCCGAAGACCGCUGCUAAUCGUUUCCGUCAUUGGAUCCGGAGCCGCCCUGCUCCUCGAAGGCCUCUACUUUUACCUCAAAUCCGAUCACCCCUCCCUCGACGUCUCCCGAUUCUCCUACAUUCCGGUGGCCGCUCUAAUCGGAUUCGUCGUACUCUACGGCAUCGGCUUACAGAGCAUUCCCAUACUUAUCUUGGGCGAACUCUUUCCCACCAACGUCAAGGCCUUCGCCUUGGGCCUCGCCGACAUCUACUUCAACGUGGUCGCCACGCUCGUAUCCAAGUUUUUCCAAGCGAUGAAGGAUCACUACGGGAUGCACGUUCCGUUCUUCUCGUUUUCGGUGUGCUGCGCUGCAGGUCUUUUCUUUAUCUUGUUCUUCGUUCCGGAAACUAAGGGCAAGACUUUGGAGCAAAUACAGGACGAGUUUAAGUGCGACGUGAAACGAAGGGAAAGUUUUAAGCAAAUCGCGGACGUGUGCUUCGAAAGGGGGGAUACGAAAUUUUCCAUAUAAAGAUUACUCUAAUAUAAUGAAAAAGCCUGUUGAUUUAUUCUCUUACCUCAGUUCGCCGAGUUUUGCUUGAUUUAUGCCGAUCUCGCCUUUGACUCACUCGGCGUUGGUGUAGGAAUUACUGAAAACGGUUAAUCUAUGCUAAUGCCGAGCGAACCGAAGGUGAGUUCGGCACAAAUGACAAUCAUCUUGGCGCUUGGAAUACGAAUUUGCUGAUUUUUGCUUGAUUUAUGUCGAACUCGCCUUUGGCUGGCUCGGCGUUGAUGUACGAAUUAUUUAAAACGGUUAAUCUAGGGUAAUGCCAAACGAACCGGAGGCGCGCUCGGCACAAAUGACACUCAUCUUGUCGCUUUGAAUAUUAAUUUGCUGAAAUUUGCUUGAUCUAUUCCGAACUUACCUUCGGCUCGCCCGGGAUUAGUGUACCAAUUAAGUAAAACUGUUGAUGUAUGCAAUUGCCCAAAUGACAAUCAUCUUGUCGCUUUGAAUACGCAUUUGCUAAUAUUUGCUUGACUUAUGCCGAACUCACCUUUGGUUCGUUCGUCAUUGGUGUAAGAAUUAUCAAAAAUGGUUGAUGUCUGCAAUUGCCUGGUGAACCGGGGGUGUGAGGUCAGUACAAUUGACACUCAUUUUGUCGCUUAGAAUACAAAUUUGCUGAAUUUUGCUUGAUUUAUGCUGAACUUUCCUUGGGUUCCCCCGGCAUUUGUGUAGAAGUUGCUUAAAACGGUUUAUCUAUACUAAUGACGAGCUAACAGGAGGUGAGUUCGGCACAAAUGACACUCAUUUUGUUGUUUGAAAUACGAAUUUGCUGAUUGUUGCUUGAUUUAUGCCGAACUCGCCUUCGGCUCGCUCGACAUUAGUGUAGGAAUCAACCAUUUAUGCAAUUGCCGAGCGAACCGAAGGUGAGUUCGGCACAAAUGACACUCAUGUUAUCGCUUUCUGUACCAUUUUGCUGAUUCUCGCUUAAUUUAUAUUGAACUCGCGUUUGGCUCUCACGGCGUUAGUGUAGAGAUUGCUCUAAAACAAUUCAUUUGCGCUGAUACAGAGAUACGGGGUGGUUUGGCACAAUUGACACUCAAUUUGUCGCUUCGAGUACUAAUUUGCUGAUUUUUGCUUAUGUCGAACUCCCGUAUAACGUCUGAACAAAUUCUCAAAAAAAUGAGAAAGUAUAUAGAUACUUUGAGAAUA